CCGUUUAAAACGUAAAUCAUACCAAAUACUAAUACUAUAAAUUUAUGUGAUUUAGUUUGCAAUUUAGACCAAAAUUUAGCCAACCCUAUUCAACUAAAGAAAGCAAAGUGGAAUACACUGAUAACAUUAGUGCCCCAUUGCCCGCCUCUCUUUAUAUGUUCUAGAAGUUGCCCCUGUCUCUCUCUCCUCUCUGAAACUCGUAACCAGUAACAACUAACAACCACCAACUACUCUGCCAAGAAAAAGAAAAUUCCGCAAGUGAAUUAGGGUUCUUUCUUGAUCGAUUCAAAAGAUGGGCGGCGGCAACGGUCAAAAAUCCAAGAUGGCUCGUGAAAGAAACGCCGAGAAGAACAAGGCUUCUAAAGGAAGUCAACUUGAAGCUAAUAAAAAAGCCAUGAAUAUCCAGUGCAAGGUAUGCAUGCAGACAUUUAUAUGCACUACAUCAGAGGUGAAAUGCCGAGAGCAUGCUGAAGCGAAGCACCCGAAACAAGAUGUCUAUGCAUGUUUUCCACAUCUCCAGAAAUGACCCAUUAUGAUGGGUGUAUCAAUGUGUGUAUGCUAAUUUAAGCAAGUGGGAAGAAGUUCCCGAACAGAAACGAAUAGGAAAGCAAAGUAUGGGAAGUUGAUGGUUGAGAUUUCAUGCCUUGUGUGAUAUGUAUCAAGAAAUAAUGUAUAAAAACUCUUGAAUGCUGUCUUGGAUUGUUUGAAUUGAUCUGUGAAAGUUUGUUCCUUGAAUGAAACCUUUUAUUUAUGAA